AUGUUGGUAAUCUGGAAAGAUCCAUACAAGGAGCUUAGGGGAACAGCCGCCAACUACUUCAUUUUAAAUCUUGCUGUAUGUGAUUUACUCAUCGGCUUUCCAGGCGAACUUCUGGCCGGACUUUUUCACUGGUUUCCUGACAACCAAACGCUGAUACUAGCAGGACUUUCUAUCAACAACGUCGGUUUUCUUGCUUCGAUUUUUACGAUCCUUGGCCUUGCUGUCGAACGGCUGAUUGUUAUUGCUUUCCCCUUCACAAGAGUCAAACUAGCGACUUGUAACAGAUACCUUUGCUUUGUAGCAAUAUGGUCAUUCGCUCUAAUCUUGGCCCUGCCUAUUAGCAUCAAACGAAGGGACUUCUUGUUUUUAAAAGUAUAUAUAACUUGGCUUUAUGACGUUAUUGGCAUCCCGAUAACACUAGUAGUUUUUAGUUGCUACACGACGAUUUAUUUUGUGGUAAAAAGACAGUUGCAUCGGAGUGUGGAGACCUCAGGGGAAGGGUUAUUAGAUGGACAAUCUUUGACGGAAAAGUCUCCUCUUAUACAAAAAAUUAAAACGAAGGAGAGAAAUGUUGCGUUUACGGCAUUCAUAUUGGUUUGGUUAUUUAUUGCUUGUUGGACUCCUUUAAUCGUCGUUGUAAACAUAGAUGCAUGGUGUAGUACUUGUCUUUGCAAAUUCAAUUCAUAUUGGCACUAUGUGAAUUGUUUGAUGUUUCUGCACCCACUGCUAAACCCGAUUGCUUACUCGUUACGUACUGCUAGGUUUCGGAAAGCCUUUAAGAGAGUUAUCCGAAAAAGUACUUUUUGA